AUGAGCCUACUUCACGCCCUCGUCGCUCGAGACGACACCAUCCUUGCGGAGUGCGACAAGAAGGCUGGGCAGUACAGCAAUGCUUGCCAGGCGAUCCUGCAGAAGAUCCCGCCGAACGACUCGAAGCUCACCUACGCCGCGGAUCAGAUCCUGAUACACUACCAGAAGAAGGACGGCGUGACGGCGCUUGUGGUGGCGGAGGACACGGCCGGUCGACGGAUGCCUUUCUCCUUCCUCGCCGAGUUGCAUCGAAGGUUCACAUCGACUUUCAACCUGAACGAGAUUGCCGACGCACCAGCAUUCGGACUCAACAGCUUCGAAAAGACGAUCGCGCAGCUCAUGCAGCAGUACGAGGAGAACCCGCCUCAAGACGCCAUCAAGGCUGCGCAGGCAGAGCUAGCAGCGACGAAGGACGUGAUGGUCAAGUCGAUCGACGCGGUCUUGUCGCGAGGCGAGCGGAUCGAAAUCCUCGUCGACCGGACGGACGAGAUGUCGCAGCAGGCGAGGGCAUUCAGGAAGCGGGCGACGGUCUUGAGACGUAAGAUGUGGUACCGGAACGCGAAAGUGCUCGUCGCGGUCGGCUUUUCCGCGCUGCUCCUCAUGUACCUCUUGGUCGCCUCCGCCUGCGGCAUCGGCCUCAACCACUGCCGCUCGUGA